AGAAGCCUUUGCAGCAGCUCAGUGGUGCUAGGUGCUAGGCUAACUGGUUCAGUUGGUGAUCUGUCAGCCUGCAGCUAAAAGCACACACACUGCUGGGCUCUACGCUCUUCCGGAUUACACUCCUUUGAUGGCUGAAGAAGACCCUUUGAUGUUAUUUCAACUUGGCGCUUGUGAUCGAGGACCGACACACUGCCCAUGCUGCCACAGUAGAUAUGCUGUCACUAUGCUCCUGAGAGAAUAAUGACAUUUGUCUCAUUUUAAUUCCUGGAGCUGCCUCGGGCAGAGUUGAGGCUUAAUUAAAAAAAAAAGCUGCUGCUCUAAGUCAAGUAGGUCUUUUUCUCAGCCUACUUCUUUGCACUGCCGCAGCCUAGAGGGCAAACUGUUAUGGCACCAGAGGCCAACUGAGCAAAAGGGGACUCUGGUUGUACUGGAGGAUCAUACUGUGCUGUGGAAGUAGGGACUGGACCAGGAAACCAGGCCCACGGUUACACACAACACUAGGAUCCCUGUUUGAGCCCCUUCUGUGUGGCAUUUGUUUUUUUCUUUUCCUGCAGUCUCAUCGGUUUGGAUGGUUGAGCACAAGGGCUACUUUGAAGGAACCCACCGGUGGCUGUGGUUUAGCCAAAGCUGACAGACUGCUUGCCAGCUAUUGCUGAUUUAGUACCCUUGUCCACUGCUGCCACUUGCUGUAGCCCCCUUGGUUGUGGUCUUCAGUAUGGUGAGUGGAGGCUGGAGGCAUCGCAGGAGUGGAACUGAACCAUUAAUACUGGUGUAGCUGGUUAUUUUCCUUUUUUUUUCUGCACUCUGAAGGAUUGCAUUCCAGUGUUUAAGGACUUUUUUCUCUGUGCUGGAAAAAACCCAGUCAAGGUCAUUUUUUUAAUUCAAACCCCGGAAAGACGACCGCUCCAGAGGAGGAUGAAGUUGAGGAAACAGGUGACAGUGUGUGGAGGGGCCAUAUUCUGUGUGGCUGUAUUCUCACUGUAUCUGAUGUUGGAUCGAGUCCAACAUGACCCUGCAAGGCGACAGAAUGGCGGGAAUUUUCCACGGAGCCAAAUCUCAGUUCUGCAAAACCGGAUAGAGCAGUUGGAGCAGCUCCUGGAGGAAAACCACCAAAUCAUCAGCCACAUAAAGGACUCUGUGAUGGAGCUCACAGACACAGGAGCUGUGUCUCCCAGCGGCCACCUGCCAUUCAGAAGUGCCAAUGGUUCCUGGGUCCUACCCUUCGACGGCCGUCCCACUUUCCUUGCUGUCAAGCCCCAGGAUUGCCAAGCUGCUUUAGGCAGCCAUGGUCAAGCAGACGUUCAGAUGCUGGAUGUGUACUCCAUUCUCAAGUUUGACAACCCUGAUGGCGGCGUAUGGAAACAGGGCUUUGACAUUACUUAUGAACCUGAUGAGUGGGACAAUGAACCGCUGCAAGUGUUUGUGGUCCCCCACUCCCACAAUGACCCAGGUUGGAUCAAGACUUUUGACAAGUACUUCACAGACCAGACACAGCAUAUUUUGAACAACAUGGUGGUGAAGCUGGCGGAGGAUCCUCGCAGGAAGUUCAUCUGGUCUGAGAUUUCAUACUUCUCCAAGUGGUGGGAGACCGCAGACAUACACAAGCAGGAGGCUAUGCGAAAACUGAUCCUUGGGGGGCAGCUAGAGAUUGUCACAGGAGGCUGGGUUAUGACGGAUGAAGCCAGCGCCCACUACUUUGCCAUGAUAGACCAGCUCAUUGAAGGACAUCAGUGGCUGGAGAGAAAUCUAGGUAUAACUCCUCGCAGCGGGUGGGCGGUAGACCCUUUCGGUCACAGUGCUACCAUGUCCUAUCUACUGAAGAGGGCCAAUGUGACCAGCAUGCUCAUCCAGAGGGUCCACUACUCCAUCAAAAAACACUUUGCCUCCACCCGCAGCCUGGAGUUUAUGUGGAGGCAGGCCUGGGACACUGGAUCGAACACAGAUAUCUUUUGCCACAUGAUGCCGUUCUACAGCUACGACGUGCCUCACACAUGCGGGCCCGACCCCAAGAUCUGCUGCCAGUUCGAUUUCAAGAGGUUACCAGGUGGUCGGAUAAACUGUCCCUGGAAAGUGCCACCAAAAGUUGUGGUGGAGGCCAAUGUAGCAGAGAGGGCACACCUGCUCCUGGAUCAGUACCGUAAAAAGUCCAAACUCUUCCGCAGCAAGGUGCUUCUUGUCCCGCUGGGAGAUGACUUCCGCUACGACAAGGCGCUGGAGUGGGAUCAGCAGUAUACCAAUUACCAGAAGCUGUUUGACUACAUGAAUUCUCACCCAGAGAUGCACGCACAAGCUCAGUUUGGGACUCUCACAGACUACUUCAACGCUGUAUACAAAGCCCACGGCGUGGCCCAGGGGUCCAGACCCGCAGACUACCCAGUGCUUAGUGGAGAUUUCUUUGCUUAUGCAGACCGGGAAGACCACUACUGGACUGGCUAUUUCACCUCUCGGCCCUUUUACAAGAGCCUGGACCGUGUGAUAGAGUCACAUCUCAGGGGGGCAGAGAUCCUCUACAGCCUGGCGGUUGCGAAUGCUCGGCAUGCAGGCAUGGAAGGGCGCUACCCGGUCUCAGAUUAUGCCCUGCUAGUCGAUGCGAGGCGGUCUGUUGGCCUCUUCCAACAUCAUGAUGCCAUCACUGGCACUGCAAAGGAGAAUGUUGUCGUUGACUACGGCACCAGAUUACUGCGUUCACUCAUCGGUCUGAAGAGAGUAAUCAUCAAUGCUGCUCAUUUCCUGGUGAUGAAAAACAAGGACAUUUAUCGCUUUUACCAGACGGAGCCCUUCCUGGAGACAGAUGACAGGCGUGCCACUCAAGACUCUCUGCCUCAGCGCACUUUAAUCGAGCUGGACCCAGCAGGACCGAGGUACCUGGUUCUGUUUAACCCCGUCGAGCAGGAGCGUCUGUGUGUGGUGACUGUGUUGGUCAACACGGUCAGGGUGCGGGUGCUCACUGAGGAUGGACAGACCCUCCCUGUGCAGCUGAGUGCUCAGUGGGCCUCUGCCAGUCAAAUGAGUGCAGAGGUGUUUGAGGCAACAUUCAUGGUCCGUCUGCCGCCACUGGGCCUGGCUGUGUUCCAUCUUUACGACUCUCCUGACUCGCCCAUGACGCUCCGCUCUGACACCCUGCUCCGGCUGUCUGAUCGGGGCGUCGCUGCUCGUGCCGCGGACCCGCUUCCUGUCCGCUCUCAGCAGUCGGACCCACAGACCUUCUACAUCAGCAGCCAGUCUCUCACUCUGGGCUUCUCUGGAACCACCGGCCUGCUGGAGAGUAUCAAGCACAAAGAUGAUCCUCAGGAAGUGAAGGUACAGAUUCAGUUCGUGGUCUACGGCACCCGUCCCUCGAAAGACAAAAGUGGAGCUUACCUCUUCCUGCCUGAUGGAAAAGCAAAGCCCUACAACCAGAAAGAGCCACCCGUUGUGCGCGUCGUGGAGGGGCCUCUCUUCUCGGAGGUGGUGGCACACUACCAGCAUUUUCAGCAGACCAUUCGCAUACACAAUGUGCCAGGGGUGGAUGGGUUAUCUAUAGACAUCUCUACGAUGGUGGACAUCAGAGAUCAGACCAAUAAGGAGCUGGCAGUGCGACUGGUCACUGACAUCCAGAGUGGAGACGUAUUCUACACAGAUCUCAAUGGCUUCCAGAUACAGCCUCGCCACCACCACCUAAAGCUUCCCCUGCAGGCCAACUUUUAUCCCAUGUCCAGCCAGGCGUACAUCCAGGACAGCCAUCACCGCCUCACGCUGCACACGGCUCAGUCCCUGGGUGUCACCAGCCUGGAGAGUGGCCAGCUUGAAGUGAUCAUGGACCGGCGGCUGAUGCAGGAUGAUAACCGUGGGCUGGGUCAGGGCCUCAAGGACAACAAGAAGACGACCAACCGCUUCCGACUGCUGCUGGAGAGGAGAUCCAUGGGCAACAAGCAUGAUGGCUUCUUUGCCAAAUUCUCGUCCUUGUUUCAUUCUUUCCUCUCCCAAAUCUCGAGUGAUGGAGUUCAAGAGAUGAUGGACAGCGCAACAACCAGCUUCCCGUCUAUACUCAGUCACAUGACCAACUCCUUCCUGAACCACGAGGUCUUGGCGCUGCCCGUCCUGCCCAAAAGACGCGGCAUCCCUCCUCUGCAAACCUUCGCCCCUCUCAAGUCCCUCCUCCCCUGCGACUUCCACCUGCUCAACCUGCGCAGCAUCCAGAGCCAGCAGGACCCCAACUCUCCGUCUCCGUACACAGCCAUGAUUCUUCACCGUCUGGCGCUGGACUGUGGCCUGGAGGCUCAGAACCUGGGCUUCAACUGCACCACCACACAAGGACAGCUGAGCGUGUCAGGACUGUUCAAGAGCCUGGACCUGCAGCUGCUCCAGCCCAUGUCCCUGACUCUGAUGCACUCCAGCGCGCCUCUCGCCAACGACUCCUCCAUCAGCCUGGAUCCCAUGGAGAUCUCCGCCUUCAAGCUCAAACUGCGCUAAGAGCCGUCCAGACUAAAAGACGCAAUAAAAACUGAACAGACUCCUUGGACCAAGAAGCAGGCCCACACCUGGCAACAGAGGGGGAGGG